CUCAUGAAAGCAAACCGGAUGACGGAUAGUUUUAAAGCUGGACUCGUGCGGCUAUUUUCUUUUUUCGCCAUAAGUGUUUUUUUUGUGUUGUUUUUUUCUAUAAUUAUUUAGAUAGUUUCACACCGGUGGUUUUGUAACGUUACCCGGGAUUGCAUCUCGAAGUUCCCAAAGAUGAACUUCGAUCCGGUGGUCAGGAAACUUUCUGUGUUGGUGGUGACGCUUGUCCUCAGUCUGGUUUGUCAUGCAGCAGAACCUCCUGCACCACAGUGGUCCAGCGAUGAAUACAGAAACAACACCCUGAGGCGACACAGAACCUGCAUCGAGAACGAACAGUACCUAAACCAGGGACUCUGCUGCCUCAAUUGUCAGGCUGGAACUUUUGUGCAGAAGGCCUGUGAAAGAGACCAAGAGCAUGGGACUUGUCUUCCUUGUGAUCAUGGCGAGACGUACACAGAGCACUCCAACGGGAUGAACCGCUGUUUGCCUUGUACACACUGCCGCUCAGAUGAGAUCGAAACUGCAUCCUGCACCAGAACCACAGACACCAGGUGCCAGUGCAGACAGGGUACCUUCUGUGUCCCAGAUCAGGCCUGCGAAGUCUGCAAACGCUGUGCCAAGUGCAAAGCAGGCGAGGAGGAAGUGAAGAAGUGCACCUCCUUUUCGAACACAGUGUGUCGAAAACGGGCUCCGUUCCCCACCGAAACCUCGACAGCCCUUCCUACGCCGACCCCGACUUCUCCAGCAGACAUCGCUCUUCCUAUAUGCAUUUUCCUGGCGAUCUCCUUCAUCUGCAUCCUUGUCGGGCUGGCUGUGUGGUGGUUCGUAAUCAAGCAGCACUCAUGUGAAAUACCAUGUACAAAGAGCCAUUGUGACUCCAGCGAAAUUGUGAAGAUUCCUAUUGACGAGAGUGCGCCCACAGCAGAGGAGAGACAGAACAAUCAGAACGCUGGCCUGGAGGGGGAGGAGAACCGUCCAGAGUCGCGACCUCUGCUGCAGGAGACGCAGCCUGGGAUGACCAAGGCUUCCCCUCCCCUCGAGGAUGAGGAUCGAGGACUAGGAGACAGUUUACCCAACACCACUAGCUCGUCUCAAACUAGCCUGUCAGCCCUGCCCACAGCGGCUUCCUCUGGUAACACCCCACACCAGAGCCCCACUGCCUUCAGACUGCCACCCGCAGCCACGGAUGAUCCUCUCCAGCAUCGCAUGCUGCCGCUACAAGGGUCAGAAAAAUCCCUAAAGAAGAGCUUUGACCUGUUCGAUGAGUACCUGGACGUACGGAUCCAUAACAAGUUCUUCAGAAUGAUCGGGGUCAACGACAACCACAUUCGGAUUGCGGAGAACGGCCCCCCCGGUGACAAAGUAUACGAACUGCUGAAGAACUGGAUGCAGAGGCAGGGACUAAAAGCUGACAUCAACGACCUGUUGGAGGCUUUACUUAGUAUGGACCAGCGCCGCUCGGCCGAGAACAUCGCCUCUGCCGCCCUGCGGAGAGGCUACUACAAGCACGCAGACACACCCUGAAAGCUGAAGUAGCAGGGGGACGACUGCAAAAUGAAGAAAACACAAAGUACUUAAAAACCUGAAAAACUAAAAGCACACAGACGCUGUCGGUGGACGUUGUGUCUCACAAACAGGCUUACCUCUCUGUGGCCGACCAGCCGCAUAUUCAAAAGCCAGUAGUUUUAAAAAGAAAAACACAAAAAGGGGAAAGCCGAGCCGUAUUGAUCAGCGCUUCUGAGGAUGUUGACUACAUGCCAAAUGCUUGAGGUGUAAUAAUGAAAAAUGAAGAAAAAAAAGUGGUCCAAUCUGAGAGUUUUACCACCCAAAGAUGACCAUGAGAAUCUAAAAAGCAGAAUAACAUGAAGGUGUCAACUUCCGCAGGCAGAAACGCUUGCAUGUUUUAGGUUCUAGAGAAGCGACAUGCAGCCAAAAUACUGAAAGCUUAGAAGUCUCUGGGUGUGUGUCACUCAUCUGGUUGUCAACCCAGACUAUUUUAUACUACCUUGAGACAAGGAUAUACACUGGUUUGUAGGAGUGGCAUUAGCUAUGUCACUUAUACUGUGCCUCUCUGAUGCACUGACCUCUGGCACAUGUAGGAUUUGAAACUACAGUCAUGCUAUAUUUGUUGUUUUUGUAGAUUUUAGACUCCUCUGAAACCAUAUAUAACAGAACACGAACACUUUUCUUUUCAAAUGAUAGCGAAAUAUUGUCCAUUUGUUAUGACAGGGAUUAACACGCAGCCUUACUAAUCCUAAACUUUACCUCUAUUAAUGACAUUUCAUAAUCUAAAUUUGUUUAGGGGUGAAUCUUUUUCAAGAUAUCAUUAUGUUCAUACAGCAUAGUGAUCCAGAAAUGUUAUAGAUUCUCUACAAUCGAUUCACAUUGGAGACAUUUUUUUUCAGUCAUCCAGUUUCUUUUUUUUAAUGUUCAGUGUUACUACUCACAUGACACAUUGUAGAAGGAAUUUCACAAGCUGUUUGUGUUACUAGUUUAGUUUCCAUAAUGCUUCCAUGUAACUUGGAGAACUUCAAAGGUCAUUUUAUUUAUUGACAUAUUUAUUGUAAUGAAUAAUAAUUAUCUUUCAAUAUUUAUAUCAUUGCCAAAAAACCAGAAACGACCCUGGAAAACACGCACUAUACACAUUAUAUUUGUGUUAUCAUGUUUAGCUACAGGGCAAAAUGACUGAAAUCAGAGUUUGGUUUGUUUUGGGGUUUUUUUUAAAUAAGGUGUGGUUGAAACUCUGUUCCUGCUCGCUGCGCCGUGUUCAGUGUAGCACUGCGGUCCACACUGUCAAUGUGUAAUGUCACAUGCGCAACAGUUUCCACCUGAGAAAAAACAAACAUCCAUCAGUGUCAAAGCUUUCAAGUGACUAAAUGCAGAAUGUGUCAUGUUUAAAAUUGGAGUUUUAGGUGAAACCUUUUUAGACAUCUUUAAAAAAAAAAAAGAAAAAAAAAAAGAAA